GCAAAAGGCUGGCAUUUCCAUUUCCCCAGCGCGGCCUGGCACUUCGCUCAGUCCAGCCUCAACCCCCAUUUCUCGCCGCGCGUCCGCGCCCGCUUGCGCCAUGCGCCCGCUCCCGGCGGGCGUGGCGGCCCGGCUGGCCGCCGUCGCCUCGGACCCAGCCGGCGUCCCGCUCCCGGUCUUCAACUCCCUCCUCUCCACGCUCGCCUCCUCCGAUCCCUCACACGCACACCUCCCGCUCCACCUCUUCCGCCGCCUCCUCCUCCCGCGCCGCCGCCCCGACGCCUUCACCCUCUCCGCCCUAGCCUCCUCCUACCCCACCGCCGCAGACGCCCUCCACGCCUUCUCCCUCCGCCUCGGCCUCCUCCACACCGACCCCGUCCUCGCCAACUCCCUCCUGCUUCUCUACCUCCGUCCUCCUGCCCGCUGCCCCGACCUUGCGCGCCGCCUGUUCGACGAAAUGCCCGCCCGCACCGCGUCGUCCUACAACACGCUCAUCUCCCACUCGGCCCCGGGCAGCGCAGAGGACGUGUGGGGCCUCAUGCGGUGCAUGGUCGCAGAGGAAGGGUGCAUGCCGGACCGGUUCACGGUCUCGGCCACCCUGCCCACGUGCGUGUCCUUGCGCCAGGGCAGGGAGCUGCAUUGCUUCGCUGUGAGGAGCGGGAUAUGCGGAGUGGGUGAUUUUCAUGUGAGGAGCGGGCUCGUGUCCAUGUACUGCAGGGUUGGCCGGCCAGACCUUGCGCGGCGAGUUUUCGAUGGGAUGGAGCGGAAGAACGUUGUUUCUUGGACCGCAAUGGUGGGAGGUUAUGCGGAGAAUGGGAUGUUCAAGGACGCCGUGGAUGCUUUCCGGGCAAUGUGGGUGACUCAUGGUGUUCUACCAAACAGGAUUGCGUUGAUUAGUGUCCUCUCAGCUGUUGAGGCCCUCUCAGGCUUGGUGGAGGGGAAGCAGGUGCACGGCUUUGCAGUGAGGAUGGGGAUCUUAGGGGGUGUCUCUCUCAACAAUGCUUUGAUUGAUACGUAUGCAAAGUGUGGGGCCUUGCACUAUGCAAGACGGGUUUUUGAUGAUGACAGUUGGUGCAAAGAUGUGAUCUCAUGGGGUGCAAUGAUUUUUGGUUAUGGCAUUCAUGGUAUGGGCAUGGAAGCAGUUGCUUUGUUCAAUCAGAUGCUUGCUUCUGGGGUUAAACCUGACAGCAUAGUUGGGUUGGGUGUUCUUUCAGCUUGUUGCCGCUCAGGCUUGGUGUUGAAGGGCCUUGAUAUAUACGACUCCAUGGUAAAAGAUCAUGGGGUUCAUCCAACUGAGGAGAUGUGUGCCUGCAUGGUUGAUUCACUUGGUCGAUCUGGGCAUGUUGAACAUGCCAUGGACUUUAUAAAGUUAAUGGGUGUAGAGCCAGGCCCUAGUGUCUGGGGAGCACUUCUGAAUGCCUCUGUUACUCACAAUAACAAAGAAAUUCAAGAUUUGGCCUCCAGGUCUCUUCUUAGAUUCGAAGGAGGGAAAUCAUCAAAUCUUGUCGCAGUGUCUAACCUAAAUGCCUCUUCUGAAAGGUGGAAUUUUGUUGAACAAGUAAGGACAAGGAUUAAUCAGGGAUCAUUGAAGAAGAAAGCUGGUCGUAGUUGGGUAAAUCCAACAUAGGUCAACAAUGCUUCUCAGAGUGACUUGUAGAUUGUCUUUCAACGCUUCUGAUCUCUAGUGUUGCUCCUUAGCUGGCUGUGCUCUGCAAGCGAUUGCAUUGGAUUGCUAACUUUACUGGAAAAGAUGUUUUUGAAGCUCAACAACAAAGCUGCAAUACUUCUUGUAUAUCGAUAAAUGAUACAUCUAAUAUUGGAGGCUAGUU